CACACACACACACACACACACACACAUAUCCAGCAGACUCUCGUCACUUGUUCUUGUUUCCCGUCCCCACAGCUGCCCUGACCCUCCCCUCCCCUCCUACUGUCUUUUCGCGGGUCUCCUCGCCCCAUUCCAGUCCUCUCCUCUGCUCCCUGCAGUUGUGAGUGUGUGCGUGUGUGUGUGUGUGUGUGCCUCUGGGUGAACAAUGUGUUGCUCGGUGGGCUUCGCCAGGUCUCUGGGUCUGGCCCUGCUGCCUCUGGCCCUCUGCUGCAUCCUUGCCAACCUGCUGCUGCUGUUUCCUAUGGGAGAAAUCCACUACAUCCAGCAGGACCGCCUGGCCAGCUACAUCUGGUACUUUGGUGGACUAGGAGGUGGGGGACUGCUGAUGCUGGUUCCAGCUGUUGUCUUCAUCACUCUGGGGAAAUGUAGCUGCUGCUGGAACGAGAGUUUGAUGAUGUGCGGGUCCGUGUUGGCAGCCGUGGUCGGCCUGGUCGGGUCCGGCUACUGUUUCGUCAUCUCGGGGUUCACCCUGCUGCAGGGUCCCCAGUGCUUCACCGCUCGUGGUUGGUCGUACCCCUUUGCCGACCAGGGGGGCAGGUAUCUGCUGCAGCCGGAGACCUGGUCCCGGUGUGUUCAGCCGCUUCGCAUCGUCGAGUGGAACGUGACUCUGCUGUGCGUCCUGCUGGGUUUGGCUGCGCUGGAGUUCAUCCUCUGCCUCUUACAGCUGGGGAGCGGUUUGGUCAACGCCGUCUGCCGGCCCUGCUGCUACAAGCAGGAGUACAGCCUCAACGCGUAGACAAGCGCACACGUGUACACGUGCUACACGCGCGAGUGCAACAUGAUAACACCAUUUAGACACACAUGCAUACCGUCACGGACGUCUGGACAACCAUCUGUCGGCCACGUGUAACCCUUUUCAAGCUUUCAGUUCGCCCUUUGAACUGUUCAAAGAGCGAAAUAUCACCAUGCAGUCAUCGAUGACACCAGGAUGUUUGGCCAUUAGAAUUAAGGUGUGCGUGUGUUGGUGUGUUGGUGUGUUGGUGUGUCCUGUCAACUCCGUAGGAAGAAGAGGAUGUGCUUCAUUUGCUAGGGUGGUAAAAGAGCAAAAGGACAAGAUCGUCAUAAUGAUGAUUAUUAUAUCAUUAAUAAUGGAAAUAAUAAGAACCAAAUGUAGUGUACAUGAAAAUAGGUUUCACUGAAGCAAUUACACAGCUGUCACGCAGUAGUGUGUUCAACAUGAACAUCAACCAUAGGAUAAUGUUAAGUGUUCUUGUAAGGGCUGAUAAAUAUUUUUUAAAGAAGUUCCAUCUUGUCUGACAGUUGUCAUGAAAGCGCAUUGAAGUUUCCUCUCUGUUCAGUGUUAUUCUGUGGUUUCAACUUCACUGUGUUGGACCAUCUUUGUGUGUGUGUGUGUGUGUGUGUGUGUGUGUGUGUGUGUGUGUGUGCUUUUGUUUUGAUUUCCACAGUAUUCUCACCGUAAAACUGUUGCGUCUCUGUUUCUUUCAGAUUAGUGUUAACAGACAUUUUAUAUAUAUUUUAGUGACAUAUUUUUAUAAUGUAUGUUUUGUUUGUGCUGCCUUGAAUAAAAAAAAAGAAAAAGAAAAAA